CCUCCCAAAGCAGCCACGAUCUGUGCUCUAGCGUUUUCUUUCAGCCAUCAGACCAGACGCAUCCUCAAACCGGGACUCCAGCGAUGUGAUUGAUGCCUUACCCUCCCUAAUAACUGGCUCUAGAAGGGAGAUGGAGUAACUCCGAGGGCGCUACCAAGUUUCUCCCGACUGGAACAUCUUUGCGGCAACAGUUGCAGAGCAGGAAAGAGACUCUGGAGCAUCUCAGCACCCCGCUGCCCUCCCACUGAACCCCAUUGGCCUGAGCUCAGCAGCGCCCAGCCACAGUCCUGCUCCCCACGACCGAGCUCUUCAGCACUCCGGCCGUGGACAGCUCCCUCGUCCUGCUUGGCUCUGCGGGACGGACGGAGGCGUUCUGGACUCCAGACCACGGUCCCCGCAGCGCAGCAUCGGGCGACACAGCCCCUGGGAGUGGCCUUCUCGUCCACCAGCGUCCCCACUUUCUCUCUCGCCCCCGCCCCUGGCUUCCCCAGGCUCACUCAGCGGAGGGGACGUUGCGGGAUUUCCUCUUCGGUGGCCUCAGCAGCUUCCCAGCAAGCAUGGAUCUCCGAGGAAGAGCCCUUUCCCCCAAGUGGAGACUUCGAGUUCUCCUGAUGCUGUGCUAUACAAUGGCUCAAAUCAUGGCAGAACAAGAAGUGGAAAAUCUCUCAGGCCUUUCCACUAACCCGGAAAAAGAUAUAUUUGUGGUGCGGGAAAAUGGGACGACGUGUCUCAUGGCAGAGUUUGCAGCCAAAUUUAUUGUUCCUUAUGAUGUGUGGGCCAGCAAUUAUGUUGAUCUGAUCACCGAACAAGCUGACAUCUCACUGACCCGGGGAGCUGAGGUGAAGGGCCGCUGUGGACAUAAUGAGUCGGAGCUGCAGGUGUCCUGGGUGGAUGGCGCCUACACGCUGAAACUGCUGUUUGUCAAGGAAAGUCAUAACACUUCUAAGGGACCCGAGGGUACUUGGAGGCUGAGCAAAGUCCAAUUUCUCUACGACUCAUCAGAAAAGACCCAUUUUAAAGAUGCAGUCCGUGCUAAGAAGUACAUAGCCAACUCCCAUCACCUCUCUGCCUUGGUGACUCCAGCUGGAAAGUCUUAUGAAUGUCAAGCACAGCAGACUAUUUCCCUGGCUUCUAAUGAUCCACAGAAGACAGUCACUAUGAUUCUGUCUGCAGUGCACAUUCAGCCUUUUGAUAUCAUCUCUGAUUUUGUCUUCAGUGAAGAGCAUAAAUGUCCAGUGGAUGAACGGGAGCAGUUAGAAGAAACCUUGCCACUGAUCCUGGGGAUCAUUUUGGGCCUUGUCAUUGUGAUUACGCUGGCAAUCUACCAUCUUCACCUCAAAAUGACUGCCAGCCAAGUGCAGAUUCCUAGGGAUCGAUCCCAAUAUAAGCACAUGGGCUAGGUAGGAGCUGUAAUGCAGGGAGUCCUCAAGUCCCCGCCCCAAGCUGGAGCAGGUAGAGAAACAAAAGCACUUUCCACCUUAUACAUGGGAUAUACCAACAUAGCUACACUCCAAGCCUGGUAAUUCAAGGCUUGUUUGACCUGCAUCCCUGCUUAAAACCAGGGAUGGGGGACAUUCUUUUGGAUUCCUAGAGCCAGUGGCAACUCUCAUUGUUGGGGAGUUGGGGGAGGGUGUCAACCAGCAUUCAUGCUCAUUGGUGUCUUGGCUUUGACUCUCCAAGGAGCAACACAUCAAACUCGGAGAGGUAUCUAGCUCCAAAGUUUAGGGUUUCUCUUGGGAAGAUACCCUUUAUGGUUCAUAAGAACAGAGGGUGAUUUUCCCCUUUAAACACAGCUGGCUUAACUUAACACAACAAAUAUAGCCUCAUUCUCCCUGCAGCAAGAUCCCGAAGGUGAUCCAUGCUUCUGGCUGGCAUUCUGCAUGUCUAGUGAUUGUCUUGGGAAUGUUUCACUGCUAUCUGCACCCAGUGACUCUGCAGCCCAAGGACCUGUUUAGUGUAACCCUGCAGAGUGGCUUGGACUUCAUAGCGUGUCAGGUCCAAUAAAGGGCCCUGAAUAAUUAACCAUGUGAGUUUGUUUUCCAAAUGAAUUAAAAACCACUACUGGCUAA